GCUAUAAAUAUUGGCGUAAACUACAUUAUGUUGUAAUAGGGAUUAAACAUAUAGCGUUUAUGGAAUCACUUUAUAUGACGAUAUAAUGAUUUCAUAUUACACCCCAUACAAAACGUGAAGGCGUGUGUUCUUGGAAUUUGAUACUCUACUACCAGAAUACAUCGAGUUAUUGUGGAAAUACAGACACCCUUCAAACAUGCAGGACCCAAAUGCUGACACGGAGUGGAAUGAUGUCUUGCGAUCUAAAGGCAUUCUGCCACCAAAGCAAGAGGCAGAAAUCACAGAGGAGCAAAUUCAACAGAUUCUUGAUCAAACUAUUCAGGAAAAGGAAAACAAGAGUAAAGGAAAAUCAUAUGAAGAUAUGGAUCUUGAUGAACUAGAUGAAUUUGAAGAUGAGGAGGAUGAACGAGUAUUGCUACAAUACAGACAACAGCGUAUAAAUGAAAUGAAGAAAUUACAGGAAAAAUCACGUUUUGGUGAUGUGAGAGAGAUCAGUGCUGAGGAUUACACGACGCAUGUGAACAAGGCAGGGGAGGGAGUAUGGGUUGUAUUACACCUGUAUAAAUCUGGGAUUCCGCUCUCUGCACUGAUAAACCAAUUCUUCUAUGAACUUGCUGCAAAGUUCCCUUCAACGAAGUUCCUAAAGAGUGUUUCAUCAACGUGUAUACCAAACUUUCCGGACAAGAACCUGCCAACAAUCUUCAUCUAUUAUGAAGGGGAAAUGAAGAAACAGUUUAUUGGACCUCAUACAUUUGGAGGAAUGAACCUGAAAAAAGAUGAACUAGAGUGGAUGCUGUCAGAAAUUGGAGCAGUAAAGACUACUCUUGAGGAGGAUCCAAGGAAAAAGAUUGUCGACAUGAUGGAAUCAGCUGUGCGCGACUCCAGAGCGAGAAACGACAGUGACAGUGAUGAUAAUGACUGGUAGAUGGUAGCUGUAAUGCUUACACAACAGGGUGUGAAGUUUAACAGAAAUACAAGCAAGCAGUGUUGAAUGAGAAAUGUAUUCGCGGCAUGCCUAUAUCCUGGUUCUCCUGUAGUAUAUUUGCAACCAUAAGACUACUCGAUAAUAAAAUGAAGGAAAUUCUAAACUCCUUUUCCGACCGUAAAUGGUUGGUAACGGGGUAUGGUGACCAGUAUGAUCAGCAUAAAAAAUAAACGUAAUUUUGAGACUGGUUACAAUUUUUGCUCAAAUAUAAAAGCCUUCUCAUACGGCUAUCUGAAACGGAAUGCACGUACUAUUUUUAUUUGAAACGGGAAGGAUUAGAAAAUGGGGCAGUUGUUUUUAUGCACUGGUGUAUUCUUUAAAAUAUUGUUCAACUUUGAAAGUUUUGCAACAGUAAUCCUGCUUAUAAACAUACAGUAUCGGAUUGGUGUUUUAAAAACGCUAUUAAUUUAUUUAAUAAGUAGUUACGAUUUAUUUUAUAGUAACUAAAUGUUGUAAAAUGUACAUUCUAUUUCAUCAACUCUGUUAUGACAAGUUACUAACAAUAUUCAUAUUGUCUUGGCCAAAAUAUGCUGCAUAAAAUUAAUUGAAAAUAUCAGAUUAGCCCAUUUAAAUUAAAAGAGGAUUAACAAUUCUAAACGGAGGCAGUUAAACUUUCACAUCUCUUCGCAUACUGUUGAAGUUGUAUUUUGUCUUGGGCAGCGUGAUGCCGUUAGGGGUGCAAUAGGGUCGCUCGCAUUUCAUUAGUAAUAUUGUCUGCAGAUGGCAGCAGGGUAUAUGCAUUUGUAAGUUUAUAACUACGAACAAUAUACGACCAGUAGGAGUAAAUGUAACAAAUGUCACAAAUAACGUUGUUUGUAUAAUCUCCUGAUACAAUGGUGCAUUGUUACACAAUGUUAAUAUAUAUAUAUAUAUAUAGUAAUAUUAUAUGUUGACAACUUGUGUACUCAUUGCAUUUUGUACAUGUAGACUAUGCUAGUGAAAUUAUCUUAGUUUGCCAUUAUCCGAGCUAAUUGUGUCUUUUCUAUACAUUGGGUUUCCUCUUUGCAUGACAUUCAGUUUUGGGUGAAAUAUUUUCCAUAGAUAUCGAGUUGGAUUUGAUUUGAUUGGGCAAUCGCGUGUUAAUGUUUUGUCGCGAUAUGUUAGAGACAUUUUGUCAUAUUUAUUCUUGUAGCCAUUGUUACCAAUCUCUGGUGCUACUAAAGGUAAUUUUAAUUAUUAAAUUUUUUAAUCAUUUAAUUUACUUUGCACGGUAGUAAAAAUAUUGCGUAAUUUUGAUUAUUAUUAGAUUUCAAUGAUUUCUUACAUUUCACAUUAUCUUAUUAUUUAUUUAAUAUAGCUAUGUAAAUAUAGUAGCAGAAACCGUAAGAAUAUAGAAUGUAUACAAAAUGUAGUGGCAGCAUCAUUUCGCAUAUCUAGUUUUUGUGCUAAUGUGAGUUUUUGGUAUAAAAACCAGCACAGAUUGUGUAUUUAUACCUAUCAGUCUGGGUUUAAAUAAAAGGAAUAAUAAAUAUUGUUUUAUACCGCAUAAUAA